CAGCCCAUCAUGGCGGCGGGAGCGCGGCAGCCCUGGCCCGCGGUUCCGCAGGGCUGCUGCCGUUGCUGCUGUUGAGAGGCGGCGGCGGCGGCGGCGCGGGCGGCGCGGUCGGGCGGGCGGGAAGGAUGGUGUUUCCGCGGCCGGAGCGGCGGGUGCGGACCAGGAACCGGGCUGAGGUUUGGUCGGAGCGACGCGCGCUCAGGAGCAGCCGGCGCGGGUGCCGCUGAGGCAGUGUCGGGAGCCAAGAGCGACUGACAGACAGACUGACGGAAGGCGACCCCGAGAGCCGGCCCCGGGGCGGUGCCGUGGGCGAGAUGCCGGGGCCCCCGGCGUUGCUGCUGUUGCUGGUCCUGGCCGCGGGCAGUGCUCGGGCCACGCCACUUCCGCGAACAGGUGCAGGGGAGUCUCCGGCGGCAGAAGUCUCCUCGCCCUUUGUGAUCCUGUCCCUGUGCACGCUCGUCGUCUUAAUUGUGUUAGUUGCAAACUGUGUUUCCUGCUGUAAGGACCCAGAAAUAGACUUUAAGGAAUUCGAAGAUAAUUUUGAUGACGAGGUAGAUUUCACACCGCCAGCAGAAGACACUCCCUCUGUCCAGUCUCCUGCAGAAGUGUUCACACUUUCAGUGCCAAGUGUCUCACUGCCGGCGCCGUCCCAGUUCCAGCCUUCCGCAGAAGGUUCGAAGUCUCAAGUUGCUCGCCACAGUCUAAACUAUAUACAGGAAAUUGGAAAUGGCUGGUUUGGAAAGGUCCUCCUGGGAGAGAUUUACACAGGCACUAGCGUAGCACGAGUGAUAGUGAAGGAGUUAAAAGCAAGUGCGAGCCCCAAGGAACAAGAUACUUUUUUGAAAAAUGGAGAACCUUACUACAUCCUCCAGCAUCCCAACGUUCUGCAGUGUGUGGGGCAGUGUGUGGAAGCGAUCCCCUACCUUCUGGUGUUCGAGUUCUGUGACCUGGGUGACCUGAAGGCCUACCUGCGCAGCGAGCACGAGCACCUGCGGGGCGACGCGCAGACCCUGCUGCUGCAGAGGAUGGCGUGUGAGGUCGCCGCGGGGCUGGCCGCCAUGCACAAGCUGCACUUCCUGCACAGUGACUUGGCCUUGCGGAACUGCUUUCUUACCUCGGACUUGAAUGUGAAAGUGGGAGAUUACGGAAUAGGAUGCAGCAGGUACAAGGAGGAUUAUAUUGAAACAGAUGAUAAAAAGGUUUUCCCUCUGCGAUGGACUGCUCCAGAAUUAGUGACCAGCUUUCAAGACAGACUACUGACUGCAGAUCAAACUAAGUAUAGUAACAUUUGGUCCCUGGGUGUGACACUUUGGGAACUUUUUGACAACGCUGCUCAGCCGUACUCCAACCUGUCCAACUCCGAGGUUCUCACGCAGGUCAUUCGGGAGAGGGGCACGCAGCUCCCCAGGCCCCAGCUGGAGCAGCCGCACGCCGACAGAUGGUAUGAAGUGUUGCAGUUCUGUUGGUUGUCGCCAGAGAAGAGACCAGCAGCCGAGGACGUGCACAGACUGCUCACCUACCUGCGCAUGCAAAGCCAGAGGGACACGGAGGUCGGCUUUGAGCAGCAGUGGAAUGCUCUGAAACCCAACACGAGCAGCAGAGACACCUCCAGCAGCGCCGCAUUCCCCAUCCUCGACCACUUCUCCAGGGACCGGCUCGGCCGUGAAAUGGAGGAGGUCCUCACCGUGACGGAGACCAGCCAGGGCCUGAGCUUCGAGUACGUCUGGGAGGCCGCGAAGCACGAUCACUUCGAUGAGCGCAGCCGGGGCCCCCCGGACGAAGCCCUGUCUUACACGAGCAUCUUCUUUCCGGUUGAAGUGUUCGAGCGCUCUCUUUCAGAUCCUGGGCCCGGGAAACAAGACAGCGGUGGCCAGGAUGUCCCCGUGAGAGCCCCCGGAGUGGUUCCCGUUUUCGAUGCCCACAACCUUUCUGUUGGAAGCGACUAUUACAUCCAGUUAGAAGAAAAGAGUGGCAGCAACUUGGAGCUCGAUUACCCUCCGGCACUGCUUACAACUGAAAUGGAGAACCCAGAAAGGACAAGUGACGAGGCACCUCCGUUUCUGACACUCAGGAGCCUCGACUUUGAGGAGUCCAGUACAGAUGAGGAUUUCUUCCAGAGCAGUACAGACCCCAAGGGUCCCAGCGUCCCUGAGGGCACGCAUGCUACCCAGGGCCCCGAGAGCCCUCUCAACAGUCUGUUUAAUGAUCUUGACAAAUCGGAGGAUCUGCCCAGUCACCAAAAAAUAUUUGACUUAAUGGAACUAAAUGGAGUUCAAGCCGACUUUAAACCAGCCUCUUUAAGUUCAAGUUUGGAUGACCCCAAAGACUCAGUGAUGACAGGCCAUUUGGAGAAAGAAAAGCCCCGUAAGCUUUUUGACUCUGAGCCUCUUUGCUUAUCAGAAAACCUUAUGCACCAAGAUAAUUUUGAUCCAUUGAAUGUGCACGAAUUGUCAGAAAACUUUUUAUUUCUUCAAGAGAAAAACUUACUGAAAGACUCAUCGUCUAGCAAAGAACACAUAAAUGAUCUUCAAACAGAACUUAAAAAUGCUGGUUUUACCGAAACUGUAUUAGAAACUCCAUGUAGAAAUGCUUUAGAUACUGAGCUUAGGUUUGCUGAAAAUAAACCCGGCUUUCCUUUCUUGCGAGAAAGCACAAGCAUGAAGGGCCAGGACGCAGGUGUGGCGCUCGGGGACCACACUUUGAGCGCCUCACUGCCAUCUUCCCCGGAACUGCAGGUGCCUCCCACCUCCCUCCACACAGAAGGGACGCCUCAAAAUGUACCUCCAGGCACGUUCCUGAAGCAGGGAGAAACCACGCCCAGGCAUUUAGAUGUCGGUAUCCAUGACGACGGUCUCUGCCAAGAAACAGAUUUAGAAUCUGUGACUGUCCCCGUUGAAAUUCCCUCUGCUGAUGCCAAAACACCCGGUGCUGGCCACGGGUCCCCUGACCUGGCUCACCAAAGCGAGGAGGCCUCAAGGCGAACCCAGAGCAGCGCGGUUCCCGGGGAUGACAUUUUUGCUGGUAGAGACAGUGUAGGGAGCAGUCUCCCAGAGCUGACACAGACCCUGCAAGACCAGCCGCUUUCAGAAGACCACCGCAGCAACAGCCUGCUCGAGAAAAACCUGGAAGCUGUGGGUACUUUGAACCCGCUGGAUUGUAAAGAUGCUACCAAAGAGGGGGGCUUGGUGUCCGCCCUUUCCUCCGACUCUGCCAGUCAGGACAGCCUCUUAGAGGACAGCUUGUCAACCCCCAUUCCAGCUUCAGAGCAGUCGAUGGAGACCCCGGACUCUCUGGACUCAGUGGACGUCCAUGGGGCUCUGUUGGGUUCUUUUGGCUCUCAGUCUCCCCAGAAACUCUUACCUCCUGACAAGCCUGCUGACAGUGGGUAUGAGACAGAGAACUUGGAGUCACCGGAGUGGACUCUGCACCCUGCCCCCGAUGGCACCUCAGCCUCAGACGCGGCCGCAGCAGGUGACAGUGGUCAUGGUGAGUUGCCUCCCAACCCUGUCAUUGUCAUCUCAGAUGCAGCCGAUGGCCCCAGAAGUACCGAAGUUACCUCACAGACUUUCGCACCUGGCUCUCAGAGCUCGUACCGAGACUCUGCUUACUUCUCAGAUAAUGAUUCUGAACCCGACAAGAAGUCGGAGGGGGUCCCAGGAACCUCCGUGUCCGCCAUGGCUUUGGUGACAGAUCAGCCCCUGCCUGGGCCAAUCAUCCCAGAGCAAAGUCCUGGCACCAAGGACAGUUGCCUGGAAACCAAAAAUAGGCAGCCAGACCAAAGUUGUCUCUCCACUUUGCAAAAUUCCAGUCUCCUGGAAUCCAGAGAAGCAUCAGAACCUGCUCUGACCGGCGUUUCCAAAGAGCUGCCUGCUCCUGAAGAUGGGGCUGGCAGCCCCUCAAGUGUGUUGAACUCUGAGCUGAGCAGUGGUGAGGACUUUGAGGCACCGGAAGAGCGCCCCUGCACGAUCGUGUCCACCGGGACGAACACCAACGAGCUCCUUGCGUUUGCCAGUUCCACCCUGCGCUCCGGCAGCCCGCCCGACCUGCCGGUGGACAAGUCCUUGCCCAGCCACUCGGAGGGCCCCAAGCUGAAGGAGCCGGAUAUCGAAGGGAAGUACCUGGGGAAGCUGGGCGUGUCAGGGAUGCUCGACCUCUCUGAGGACGGGAUGGAUGCGGAUGAGGAAGACGAAAACAGUGACGACUCGGACGAAGACCUGCGGGCGUUCAACCUGCACAGCCUCAGCUCCGAGUCGGAGGACGAGACCGAGCACCCGGUGCCCGUGAUCAUCAGCAAUGAGGACGGGAGGCACCUGCGGAGCCUGCUGAAGCCCCCGGCCGCUCUUGCCAUGGACCAGCUGCCAGAUGACUGGAAAAAAGAAAAGAAGGCCGUGACAUUUUUUGAUGAUGUCACAGUCUAUCUGUUUGACCAGGAGACCCCAACCAAAGAGCUGGGACACCACGGAGCAGAGGCGCGUGGCCCGGAGCGGGGCGGCCCCACGCCGUCGUCAGGCCCCCCCUGCCUGGGCAGGUGCAUGAACUCUGAGAGCUCCACCGACGAAGAAGGCGGAGGCUUUGAGUGGGAUGACGACUUCUCCCCAGACCCUUUCAUGUCAAAGACAACAAGUAACCUCCUGAGUUCCAAGCCUUCUCUGCAGACGUCAAAGUACUUUUCACCGCCACCGCCGCCACCCCGGAGCGCCGAGCAGAGCUGGCCCCAUGUGGUGCCGUACUCCAGGUUCUCCAUCUCUCCCGCCAGCAUCGCCAGCUUCUCUCUGACACACCUGACCGACUCGGACAUUGAGCCAGGAGGAAGCAGUGAAGAUGGAGAAAAGGAUUAGAUGGACACCGAUGCACUCUCGGGUCCCAGGCUGCUUCCCCGGGGCGGCGGUCCUGCACUGCCAGCCAGGCAACACCGUGCUCCGGACAUCUGCUGAGACGGGACAGGGAGAGGGACGGAGGAGGUGGGGAGGGCACCGGCCCUGGGUCUGUGCCCGGGGCCCACGCAGGAAGCCCGUCUCGGGAGACGUGGUCCUGUCCAGUGCGGUUUGCUGCCCUGGUGGCUGCUCGUGCCCGCUAAAGAUGCUUGGGCUCUGGUCGUCCUUACGGAGGGCUGGCCCUGCUCGGGUGCGCAGGGAACUGGGGGCUCCCAGCUGUUCCUCAUCUCCACGCGGUGUUCUCUGCGUCCACCCUACAUCCUGUCUGCACGGGGGCCCAGAGGACGUGUGCCGGGACUUGGCACCAGUGAGCCGUAUUUAUUAUUUUUAAAGGAAUCACUAACUGCUUUCUGUAAUUGCACUGUGGAUAAAUGUUCUAAGCGUCCCUGAUAUUGUACAGAAUCUUAAAUUAUUCAAGGAAAAUAAGGCAGGUCAAGCUGGUGCUACCCACUAGUUUGAUUUUUUUUUCUGUUUUAUAGUUUGUUUGCUGUGCAUGGUACUUGUAAAGCUUCAGUACUUUGAGUGUAUGCAGUCCUUAGAAUUGUUGGAAUUGUACAUACGGUACUCUUUGGUAAGUGACGAACGAUUCUGAAUGUUAGUGUUCCGUGUCCUUAUAGGAAAUAUUUUUGAUGAGUCCCACGAGACCGCUCUGCCACUGCUAGGCGGACGCCGCGUUGUCUCUUCUCCCUGAGGGGGUCUCCCCACAGCAGCCGAGGCUUCUCAGAGGAGCCGAGGGCCCUGCAGCCUCCAUGGGAUUCUCCCACCCCACUCCCCAAUUCUCUUAAACCCUCUUGGUAAAGAUGGAAAGGUGGUACAUCCCAGAGCUCAGUGCCAGGUGGACUGUGCAGCCCCUGCCCCUCCCCCGGCGGUGGAGGGGGCGGGGAGCCCAGAGGCACUUCCCCUUCCAGCCAGCACCACCGGCCGCCGAUCUCUAGACCGCCGAUCUCUAGACCGCCGAUCUCUAGAUGUGCAGACCGCAGUGGCUUUCACAUCCUCGGACCUCCUGCUCCCCAGAGCGGUGUGACUGAUUGAUUGUAGCAGUUCAGCGAAAGGGUUGAGCCUUUAAUCACCCCCGAGCUGAAUUUUGCCCUCAGAACCACUCCAAGUCAUGUGAUAUGGCUGGUUUCUGCAGCCUGGGGGACACAGUACAUCUUACAGCUGUGAGGAGGGACAAGGGCAGAGGCGGAGCCUCCGCUGCCGGCCAGUCUUCCUGGCUGGAACCCGGGCCACCCUGCACGGCCGCCCUGCCCGGCCACACACCCAGAUGCCCCCGAGUGCACCGCGCUGACCCUUCCUUCUGCGUUGAGCACCAGGUUCUGCCCUUGCUUGGAAAGGGACUGAGCGUGUCCCAUGCGGCCUCAACAGUGCUGGUCACCGCUUCCUGCGGUCCUUGAAUUCUGCUUUGAGCUGCAUGGAAGCACCGUGCUGAGGGAGGUGGCGUGUGCUCAAGAGGCCAGGGCCACGGCCCCCGUGCGCGCCUGCCCUUGGGUGUUCUCUGGUGCUGACGUGCUCCCCCGGCUCCACGGCCCCGGCCGACUCUCCAGGACUCGGGCUGCGCGCUCUGUCCCUGGAGCUGAGCGUUGAGACGGGAUGCGGAUGCUGGCUCCAGUUUUCGCGGUGAAGUUUGACCUUCAUUAUCAAUUCUGGUUCGCUCUACUAACUUUUUAUACUAGCAAUAACUUUCCUGAGCAAGAAAAUCCAGAAUGGAGAAAGAGCCCCUUUCCUCCACUUGCUGCGAGCAGGGAGCGCCAGGCGGGGGCCGGCGCCGGGAGCUGGGCUCUGAGACGGGCACUUUGGAAAGUUAACAGAGCAUCAGAAGGUGAUUUUGCCAAAAUUGCCAAACUCUGCAUUUCUUACUAUGGAGACUUCCUGAGCUUUCUGAAUUUUUACAUCUAACUACCAGCUUGGUUUAGAGAGGAAAUGAGACAAUUAUAGUAGUUUUUUAAGAAAGUAUAAGUUUAAGGGUUCAGAUUUAAUGACCAAAGUCAAGCAGAUCCAUAGAAUAUAUAGUCUUAAUACAGUCAGCCCAGGCUAAAUUUGGUAUUUGGAGUUGUCCAUUUUUCACUAUGAUUAAGGAGAUUUUAAUUCCCAUUUUAAUUUAUUUUAAGUAUGUAUUACUCUCAUAAUUAAUUGCCAAGAGAAGCAUUUUUAUACAUUGUGUUGGGGUGGGUUGAAGUAGUAGGUCUUCCUCUGGGGUUGCAUGGUAGGGAGAAACUUAUAUUUAUAAUAAACAUGUCAGUGAACAUGUUCUUUUGAAAUCUCAAGCAAUACACAAGAAAUAAAUUAUGUACAUUUAGUUUCUCGGCCCGUGUUUGAAGUGUCAGCACGCGCUCUGGCGUCCGGUGUGGCGCUGAGCCGGUGUCAGUGAUGGGCUUUCAAGCGCUACUUCCUCCAGGAGGCGACGCAGCGAAACCGCGUGGUGGGCGCUCCAGGCGCCAGGCACGGCGGGUUCGAAACACCUGGCUCCCUGGGACGCUGACCAGGUUUUAAUUAGUCCUCCGCUGGUGGAGUUUACGUAUUUUAAAUCUUAGAAUAAAAAUAAUAUAACCUUCAUUUCCUUCCUAGCUAGAUGCUAAUUUGUGUUAUUACCACAUGACUCUGUCGCAAGUCGGAAAGGGAGACAGAGUGCUCCCCGAACCCUUCGGAAUCCUGGGCUGUGGUCUCUCGGGGGAGAAGCCCUUGGUCUCUCGUGGGAGAAGCUGGGCAAAGCGAGUUAGAAACACACGCCCAUUCUGACUUCUCCAUGUGAGCGGUGGUUCCCGCUGAGAUGGGCUCACCUAGGAGAAGACUGUCUCGCUGCCGUAAAACGCCUCUGAACACCUCUUUCUCUUAGUAUUCCUCCCCACAGGGUGUUCCUGGGGAGAGGGAUGGUGACUCGCUGCCUGUUUUUGUCCCCAGGGCGGGGGGGGGGCCCCCCCGGAGGCAGCUCCUGCUCUUCUCGGGUGACUCAGCUGGUCACCUGACAUUUCCUGAGGGAACCCGGGUUAGGCUCCGAUUUGGCCUCUCGAGAAGCAGCCUUAAACCAGAAGGGCGCUGCGGAGUCCCUCCAGAUGCCAGUCUCAGACAGUGUUCCCAGUUGUGACGGCUGAGCUUUGACUGUUAGCAGAGAAAGUUCUCUUCAGUGUACAAGAAACUCUUCAGGCUGUGGUGACAGUGUUGAGUCCCCAACAGCCUGUUCUGUGAACAUCUCGAACUCGCCUCGGUUCAGGUGCGCGCAGGCCUGGACGGGACCUGCGUGCCCACUGGUCAGUUUCCGCGGCAGUCGGACCCAGGGGUGGCCACACCUGCGAGGUCUCCCUGCUGCACAGUUGUAAGAGUUAUGUUCACGGCAAUAUAACAGUCAUGGACUUUCACUUUAAAUUGUGUACAUUUUUAAUGGUAAGAUUUUUACUGUAUAUUGAUGCAUAGUGUGAUUCAAUAAAUUGCUUGUAAUUUAAAAACUAUUUAAUAUU